GUGAAUGAUAAAACAUUAAAUCAAAUCAAAUGUUUAUUGAUUGACAUGAAAAGGUUACGACAAAAAUAUCUAACUUCCAGCAUUGUCUUCAUAAUCCAAUCAUGGGUUGAGUUGACAAUAUUGUGGAGCUCCAUCAAUCCAGUGGGGACUGCAAUUGGUCUGGGAGAUGACUCAUUUGCCGGGCCGGCUCCUCAUCUCGCUGCGGCCGCCGGUCACCCCACCGCCACCGGUUGUCCAGCCGCUGCCAGUCAUCCAACUGCUGCCGCCAGUCGUCCAGCCGCCGCCAGUCGGCCCACCACUGCCAGUCACCCCGCCGCCAGUUGUCCGGCCACCACCGGUCGCCCCACCACUGCCAGUUACCCGGCUGCCGGUCAUCCGGACACCGCUGGUCGCCCCACCGCUGCCAGUCAUCCGGCCACAACUGCCGGUCGCUCCACCACCACCGGUCGCCCCACUGUCGGUGACCAUCCCACUGCCAACAGUCGUCCUGCUGAGGCUGGCAAUCAUCCCGCCGGCUGAGGUCAGGAUGGCUUCAAUUUGGCAGUGACUCUUCAUAUAGGUUCGGUCAACUUUGGUGACCUUGAGGUUAGGUUUGGUUGACUUGAGUGACCUUGAGGUUAGGUUUGGACCAAUUGCAGUCCCCACUGGAUUGAUGGAGCUGCACAAUAUUGUCAACUCAACCCAUGAUUGGAUUAUGAAGACAAUGCUGGAAGAUAGAUAUUUUUGUCAUAACCUUUUCAUGUCAAUAAAUAAACAUUCAAUUUGG